AAUUCAAAAACCAUUUUGCAAGUGUGCAAUCAUAAAUGAGCGGGACUCGUACUCCAUAAUCCUGACUUCCAACUCAAACCGGGAAGAGCCAACCAAAGAAAUGAAUUUUCUUCUCUCCCAUAAUUUAAUGUACACCUUAUUGUUAGCUAUCCUUGUAUCCUUCAGAUGCAAAUGUCCCUUAGUAAAGUCUACUGCUCUAAGCAUUGAGACAGACAAGGAAGCCUUGAUCGAAAUUAAGUCUAGGCUGGAACCCCAUUCCUUAUCUUCAUGGAACCAGAGCGCUUCUCCUUGCAGCUGGACGGGAGUUUUCUGCAACAAAUUAAACCAUAGAGUUCUUGGUCUCAAUCUUUCCAGCUUGGGUGUUUCUGGGUCAAUAAGUCCUUAUAUUGGCAAUCUCUCCUUCCUUCAGUCCCUCGAGCUUCAAAAUAAUCAACUUACAGGAAUAAUUCCUGAUGAAAUCUGUAAUCUUUCUCGCUUGAGAGUCAUGAACAUGAAUUCCAAUAGCUUGCGAGGUUCAAUCUUACCCAAUAUAAGUAAGUUGUCGGAGCUCAGAGUACUCGAUUUGUCAAUGAAUAGGAUUACAGGAAAAAUUACUGACGAACUCUCCUCGCUUACUAAGCUCCAAGUUCUGAACUUAGGGCGAAAUGCUUUUUCAGGUACAAUUCCACCAUCUCUAGCAAAUCUUUCAUCAUUGGAAGAUUUGAUUUUAGGCACUAACACUCUUAGUGGGAUUAUACCUAGUGACUUAAGCAGACUUCAUAAUCUGAAGGUGCUUGAUCUCACCAUAAACAAUCUCACUGGCAUAGUUCCCUCCAAGGUCUACAACAUGUCUUCCUUGGUUAAUUUGGCCUUGGCAUCUAACCAAUUGUGGGGUAAACUUCCUAGUGAUGUUGGUGUUACACUUCCGAAUCUCUUAGACUUCAAUUUAUGCUUUAAUAAGUUCACUGGCCUCCUUCCUGGUUCUUUGCACAAUCUCACAAAUAUACAUAUCAUUCGUGUGGCGCAUAAUCUUCUUGAAGGAAAAGUGCCACCAGGUUUGGAAAAUCUUCCAUUUCUGGAGAUGUACAAUAUUGGUUUCAAUAAUUUUGUUGGCUAUGGAGAUAAGGGUCUCGACUUUAUCACUUCUUUAACAAAUAGCAGCCGCCUUAAAUUCCUUGCCUUUGAUGGCAACCUUUUGCAGGGUGUCAUUCCGGAAUCUGUAGGCAAUCUUUCCAAGAAUCUUUCAAAGUUGUACAUGGGCGGAAAUCAAAUCUAUGGAGGCAUACCAGCCUCAAUUGGCCAUCUCAGUAGCUUGACCUUGUUAAAUCUGAGCUACAACUCGAUCACUGGUUCAAUCCCACGUGAAAUUGGCCAACUGGAGCACCUGCAAUUUUUGGGUUUGGCAGGAAAUCAAUUUUCAGGAAGUAUUCCUGAUUCUCUUGGAAAUCUCCGAAAGUUGAACCAAAUAGAUUUAUCAAGAAACGGAUUGGUGGGUGCAAUACCCACUACUUUUGGUAAUUUUCAGAGUCUGCUUGCUAUGGACUUGUCCAACAAUAAGCUCAAUGGAAGCAUUGCGAAAGAAAUUCUCAAUCUCCCAAGUUUGAGCAAAAUCUUGAAUCUGUCUAACAACUUCCUAAGCGGGAAUUUGUCAGAGGACAUCGGUCUGCUCGAAAGUGUUGUCACCAUAGAUCUCUCUAAUAAUCAUUUAUCCGGUGAUAUUCCAAGCUUAAUAAAACACUGUGAGAGCUUGGAGGAGUUGUACAUGUCCAGAAACUCGUUUUCAGGCCCUGUUCCUGCCGUGUUAGGAGAGAUGAAAGGCCUAGAAACUUUAGACCUUUCUUAUAACCAUCUUUCUGGUUUCAUUCCUCCUGAUCUCCAAAAACUUGAAGCCCUUCAGUUGUUGAAUCUUGCCUUUAAUGACCUAGAAGGUGCAGUUCCUUGUGGUGGGGUUUUUACUAAUAUUUCUAAAGUCCACUUGGAAGGAAACACAAAGCUCUCUUUGGAAUUGUCAUGUAAAAAUCCUCGUAGUCGCAGAACGAACGUAGUCAAAAUUUCUAUCGUUAUUGCUGUUACGGCCACAUUAGCAUUUUGCCUUUCUAUUGGCUAUCUGUUGUUUAUCAGGAGAAGCAAAAGUAAAAUCGAAUGUGCAUCUAACAACUUGAUAAAGGAGCAACAUCAGAUUGUUUCAUACCACGAACUCCGCCAAGCAACUGAUAACUUUGAUGAACAAAAUUUGAUUGGAAGUGGAGGCUUUGGGUCCGUGUACAAAGGGUUUCUUGCAGACGGUUCUGCUGUUGCAGUCAAGGUCCUUGACAUCAAACAGACUGGCUGUUGGAAGAGUUUUGUUGCAGAGUGUGAAGCCUUAAGAAAUGUGAGGCAUCGGAAUCUAGUUAAGCUGAUUACAUCUUGCUCAAGCAUUGAUUUUAAGAAUGUAGAAUUUCUGGCUCUAGUUUACGAGUUCCUUGGUAAUGGGAGCUUGGAAGAUUGGAUUAAGGGCAAGAGGAAGAAAGAAAAUGGAGAUGGGUUGAAUCUCAUGGAGAGAUUGAAUGUGGUCAUUGACGCAGCGAGCGCUAUGGAUUACUUGCAUUAUGACUGUGAAGUUCCUGUGGUGCAUUGUGAUUUGAAGCCUAGCAAUGUUCUUCUAAAAGAAGACAUGACUGCCAAGGUGGGAGAUUUUGGCCUGGCUACAUUGCUGGUAGAGAAAAUUGGUGUUCAGACUUCAAUCAGCUCUACUCAUGUCCUAAAAGGUUCCAUAGGAUACAUACCUCCAGAGUAUGGUCUAGGGGUGAAACCAUCGACUGCUGGAGAUGUAUACAGCUUUGGGGUGAUGCUACUAGAGUUAUUCACUGGCAAGAGCCCCACUUGUGAUAGUUUCAAGGGCGAACAGAAUCUGGUUGGGUGGGUACAAUCGGCUUUCUCUUCCAAUAUACUGCAAGUGCUAGACCCUAUUCUGCUAUUGCCUGUGGAUAAUUGGUAUGAUGAUGACCAGUCUAUUAUAUCAGAAAUACAAAAUGACUGUCUAAUCACAGUUUGUGAGGUUGGAUUAUCAUGCACUGCAGAAUCUCCAGAGAGGCGCAUCAGCAUGAGAGAUGCUCUUCUCAAGCUCAAAGCAGCUAGAGACAACCUUCUUAACUAUGUUCCUAACCACAAAGUCAAGUGUUCACCAUGACGGGCCAACAUGUCUGUUAAUGGCUGAUGGUUAUAUAUGUAGGUUGGAACUAGUAAUUGUGUGGUCAUAAGCUCAUUUUCCAGAGCAUUAGCUUUAAAACUUGAAUUUUAUAAUUAUGGUGGAGGGCUAAAUGCAUUACUAUAUUGUUGAUAGUAUAUUUCGGAAUUGUGGAAUAACAGUUCCUUCUUGAUCUGAAGGGUUGCAAUUCCCAUCCAAGGUUUGAAGUUUUGGCCUGCCAUGGUUGCCUAUAGAAAAAUAUAAUGAUUUUGGAACAUUGUACUCAGCUACCUUAACGUGUAUGUAUCCCUA